CUCAGGACCUUUGGAAGAGCAGUCAGUGCUCUUAACCACUGAGCCAUCUCUCCAGCCCAGAAGGACAGUCUUAAUCAUUUCUAAGUUGUUCUAGGAAAUACCCAGGAAAAUAAAUGUGCUUUGAGCAUCUUCUAGUUUUAUAUGAGCGAUCUCAUGUAUGUGAAUUUGUUUUGUGGACUAAAAUAAAAUCAUCUUUCACUUUAAUAUUUCUUACUGUCCAUAUUUACUUUUAUGUAUCUAAAGAAACCAUAUUUGUAUUUUUAUUGAAGUGCUUUUAUUAUUUCUCCCAAUUCAAACAAGUUUCCUAGAAAGCCAUGAUUGUGUAUUGCACAUGUACAAAAUUGGCUUAUGAAAAAUUAUAUGUUCUUACAAAUAUUUUUUUACUCCAUGACUUUCAAACAUAAGCUGCCUACUUAUUCUGGUGUUUAACAAAAGAAAAAUUGUUUGAAACUGUUGAAAUUAGGUGGAAAGCAGUGGGGUGAACAAAAUGCAUGCUUUGAAGAAUGCUAGAUUUAUGGGUGUUUAUAGGAUAAUUUUCAUUAUUUAUCUUUAUUUUUAUCUUUUUGGCUUUAUAACUAACUACAACUCAAAUAGAUUAUAGAUUAUAACCAACUAUAAUUCAAAUAGGCCAAUUGGUUUACUAAUUGGUAUGUGUUACUUAUUAUUACUGUUACAUUAAUUAUAUCCUGUAGCAGAUACUAUCACAAAGUUACAUUUCAGCCUAUGCUAUACAGAUCAUUUUAAGUGUAUAAUCUUAUAAUUUCUGUUGUUCUGAUUUUAUAUGAUGUUACCAUUAUAUGGAGAUAUAUUACCUUAUACCAUAUCAGGAUUAGUACAAUUGAAUGAUUGAUACAUUCUUUCCUUUUCCAAGUAAUAAUUGUGGAACACUGUAAACUUGGUCCAGCAAUGUCAACGUUGCUUAACAUUAUUUUGGCUACAUAGCUUUGAUACUACCCUCAUAGUUACACAUCUUUUAAUAUUUUCAAUGACAGUUAGUUUUUAUUUUAUAAACAUUUCUCUUUCUCUAAGCUUCUAGCAAUCCCUUAGAAGAGAAACAAAUUAAGUGGAUGUUUGAAGCUAAUGUUUGUAAUAAAAAACAUGAACAGUAUGAUUAUUUUUGCAGUCUUGGAUUAUUUCUGUUUUAAGGUUCUACUAUUGUUUUAUCCUUUGAUGAUAUUAUGAGUAGUAGAAAGACAAGAAAUAUGGGCUAUUGUAGAAUAAUAUCAUAAUAAUUUUCAUAAGCUCUUAUAUGUGUAUUAUGAGGUCAUAUUGCUUUGUGAUUCUACUGUGCCUUGGCAACCACAAAAGUAUAUAUAUGUUAUUAAAUUUCUAGUUAUCUUACCUGUCAGUAGUUUAAUACAUGCUUAUGAUAAAUUUAGUGAAAUAUACUUUAUAAAUUCAUGAACUGAUAGCUUUUUUCUUCCUUAUACUAUGUUCUGCUUUACCGUGAAACUUUUCUUACCAUUUUUAUUUGACUAUGUUAUUAUAUUUUUAGUAAAUUUCGUUGGAUUACUCUGUACAUGUUAAGUGUAGUGUACCUCCAUCUCCACUUUGCUAAGGAAUAUAGCUGCAGCAGUCUUAUCAGAUAGGCUCUCUCUCAGCAUUGUAUUGUCAUCUCUUUUAUAUCAAUUAUUGUAACUUUGUUCAGGAAACUUGAUUGAGCUUUUAAAUUCAUGUGAUUUCUGUUUCAAAUUAAAUCCUUCUUUGCCUGAGGACAAAUCAUCUUUCUAAUUCCAUGUAUUUGUGUGUUGAACACAUAUAUGCAACGUACGUGGGUUUGCUCGCCAAUGCAGGUAUUUGACAAAACCAGAGAUAGAUGUAGUGAUAUCUCACUCAAUUGUUUCUUGGCAUUAUUUCUUAAAACAACUCUUCUCACUAAACCUAGAACUUGCCAUUUCAGUUGGACUAAUAGGCCAAGGAGCCACCUGUUAAGAUUCACCUGUCUCUGUCCCCUUCUAGGUUUUGUGUGCACUGGCACAACCAGUUUUCAUGUGUGUGAUAGGGAUCUUAACCCAGGUUUUUAUGCUUUCAUGGCAAACAGUUUAUCCAGUAAGCCACCUCCAAGCCAUAUCUUUGUAAUUUCAUCGUUUUCUGUUCUUGUCCCAUUGCUCCUGUCAGAAGCUGUCUAUCCCUUUUCAGUGAUCCUUAUUAACUAAGUAUAGCAUGUUCAUCAUCAGUACCAGAGUUUUGUGUUCACCACACUAACUUGUCUGAAAUUAUUUUGGUGAACUAAUUGCCUUACUAAUCUUUCUAUAUCUUGACAUUUCUAUCAUGUUUAUUUUUACUAUUAACAUUGACUACUUCAAUUUUUCUUAAUUAUGUUUUCAUCCUUGAGUUUAAUCCAGUUUUCUGAAGGAUACAAGAAUGGGUGUUCAAAAAAGUAAUAGUUGUUCAAUUAAUUAUUUGAAUAUUAACUGUCCUGUAACUUUUUUUUAACUCCAGUAUCUCAUGUGAUUCUUGCCUUUGUGAACUAUUUAAUGGAUUCAAAUUAAUGUGUACCUUGUGUUCAUUGCUGUAAUGUGGUUGUCACUGUUAUGUUCCUAAUAACUUUAUUUUAUAGAAGCUUAAGUGAAAAUGGUACAUGUUAGAAGACAUGAAACAAGAAAAAAUUCUAAAACCCAAAUACCUGAGCAAAAAUCUCGAGUUGAUUGGCGUCGGACUAAAAGAAGUAUCUCACAGUUGUUUGAUAGUGAUGAAGAGCUUGGUAGUAAUGAGGAACUUGACAGUGAUGAAGAGCAUGAUAGUGGGGAAAGUAUUGACAGUGAUGAAGAGCUUGAUAUUAGCAAGAAGUCUGGUAUUAAUGAACUACCAGAAAAGGAAACAGAGCUUAAAUUAAUCAAAGUUGAAAGUCAGGAAAGCAACAGUAAACAUCUUACAAACACCAGCAAUAGUUCAGCAGAUGAAGAAAAAAUGAAGAAAACCAAACAUAAUGACUUACCAGAUGAUGAAGCUCACCCAGGUCAGGCAGAGAAUCAUCACAACAGACACACUGGACAAAUCCUAGAGGAAGAUAAGGAAGAUGAAUGCAUCAAGCCAGGAAAAAGAAAAAGGCUGUCCUCUGUGAUGUAUGACAGUGAUGAGAGCGAUGACAGUGAUAUCCUAGUUAGAAAAGCAAGUGCUAAACACCCACGCAGGGUGGUCGAGGAUGAAUGUUCUUCAUUGGAAAUGGAGCAAGAAACUCCUGAGAUAUCAGCAGCUGCUCGAAAGCGAGAAUACCACCAGAAGCUAGAGAAACUCUCUGAGAGAUCACGCCAGAGACAGAGACGCAAUAGUGGUAGGAAUUUUGAGGACUCUGAAAAGGACUCUUGUUCAAGCACUGAUAAUGAGGAUGAAGAUGAGGAUGAGGAUGAUUACAGAUAUGAUGAAAAUGAAGAUGAUUACAUGAUUGAUGAUUUUGUAGUGCGAGAUGAGGAAGGCAAUGAAGAGAAUAAAAAUCAACAAGGAGAAAAUUUGACUGCAUCACAACUGAAAUUAGUAAAACAGAAUUCUCUUUAUUCUUUUAGUGACCAUUAUACUCACUUUGAAAGAGUUGUGCAGGCUCUUCUGAUCAAUGCUUUUGAUGAAUCUUUCCUGAAAACUUUGUAUGCUGACACCAGGAAGAAAUCCUAUGUGCAAGAUAUGUUGACAUCUCUUCAUUAUUUGGAUAAUCGCUUUAUUCAACCCCGUCUAGAGAGUUUAGUCUCUAGAAGUCGAUGGAAAGAACAAUAUAAGGAUCGGAUUGAAAGCUACUCUGACUUAAGCAUCCUUUCAAAGAGCCCUAAGGACCGUGAAUGCCAGGCUUGCGGGCUGCAUCGCCACUGUAAAUUUUCAGUGCAUCUCUCGGGAAAGUUAUACAAUAUCAGGACGAUGGAAACAGAUGAUUUCAUGUCACAUGACAAGCAGGUGUUUAUUGUUGGCAGAAUUUGUGCUGAACGUACCAGAAUUUAUCAUAAACUAAAGCAUUUUAAAUUUAAACUAUACCAAGACUGUUGCCUCAUUGCACAAACAGAAGUUGUUGAAGAUGAACAGGUUAAAGAUACAGUAGAGAGAGUCUUCCAUCAUUCAAAAGAAAGCGGCUGGAUUGGCAAGAGAUAUGAUCAACUGCAGGACUAUCUCAAUUCUGCGGAUUAUUUUCAAGAUGAGAAGUUUGAAUUAUAGCCUGUUUCCUUCAUGAAGAGAAGAUUUUUAUAAAUUUCUGUAAAUGCGAAGACCAUGAGUUUUGUUUUUCUGUGUUAUGUAUCAUUGGUUUUAUAUUCUAUGUAUAUCUUUGUGACAAAAUAUCUUAUUUGUAUGCUUAUCUGAUUUUCAUGAAAUGCCACAGUGAAGCCUAAUAACAGUUUCAUAGAUUUACAUGGAGAACAUCAGCUUUGUGGUUCAAAAGUCCCUCAGUGUAUUUUGGUCAUGUGGUGAUGCUUUUCUCACACAUGACCAGCAGUUGAAUGUGCUAUCAUGUCCUGUCAGUUUAGUAGAAAUAGGCUGUGUUAUGAUAUAUUUGGACUGACCUGAAGAUGGCUCAGUCAGUAUAGUACUUGUCUUAUGAACACAAGGACCUGAGUUCAGUCCCCCAAGCCAUAUUUAAAAUAAAAACCAGACAUGAUGGAAUGUACUUGUAAUCCCCAUGCUGGGAGGCAAAGAUGAGGCGGGUCCCUGAGGCUUGCUGGCCAGGCACCCAGCCUACUCAUCAGUGAGAGACCCUGUCUCAAAAA